AUGGGUUCUCGACGCACCCUCAUCAAGGGGAAGGAAGGCAAGGAGAGCGACGACUUCUACCGCAUGAAGAGGGGAGAUGUCCAAUUCACCACUGGCGGAACGGGAAUUGCACACUCGGAGGUCAAUGAGAGCGAUAAGCCGGUGCACUUUCUGCAGAUUUGGGCCCUGCCCUGGGCGAGAGGUUUAACGCCACGGUACCAUACGAAGACAUGUGAUGAGGCCAAGAAGAGAGAGGCCUUCGUUCCUAUUUUGUCCCCAAUUGCUGCUGGAAAGGGUGCUGGCGCUGAAGACGAAGCGGCGGCUGUUCCAGCGAUACCAGGGACAAUUCCAAUCCACGCCGAUUUCGUCAUGGCAGCAGGCAUUAUUGGCGCUGGGAAGAAAUUAAACUGGAGUGUCCGCGGUGAAACGGAUGCAAAGGCUGUUGUGAAGAGCAAGAUCGACAGGAAGGUGUAUAUCCACCUCCCGAUGACAAAUGAUGGGAAGUCCAAGAUCAGAUUAGACGGCCGAGAAGACUCUGUUCUAGAGGAGGGAGACGGUGCGUUUGUCACUGGUGUACAGGCCGGCGAUGUGCUUGGCUUUGAGAGCAUUAGAGAGGUGGAGGCAGAGGUUAUUGUUUUAGACAGCGAUUAA